AAGAGAGCGGCAACUGAACAAAAAAUAAAGAGAACAAAACUUCUUCAGGGUUUUACUUGUGAUCAGCUUAGCAGUGAAUUCUUCACCAGAGGACUCUCUGAAGGACUUUCAGUGUUCCAGUUGUAACAGAACUUAUAAAAGUGAAGAUGAUGAUCAGCAGAGUCGCCGUUACCUCUUUUUUGGUGCUCCUUACCUACCUGGCCAUCACUGAGGGGGUGAGCCUGAGAAGCCUGGGUGUGGAGCUGCACUGCCGCUGCAUCCAGACGGAGAGCAGACCAAUCGGCCGCCACAUUGAGAAGGUGGAGCUGAUACCUGCCAACUCCCACUGCGAGGAGACUGAGAUCAUUGCCACUCUGAAACGGACAGGCCAGGAAGUCUGCCUGGACCCCGAGGCCCCAUGGGUCAAGAAAGUGAUUGAGAGGAUCAUGUCCAACCGAAGGCGCUGAAUAGACGGGAGGAGACUGCAAGCUGAAUAAGAGACAAAUGAAAACUACCAGAAAUUAUUAAUCUAAUCAGAUGAUAGUUGUCACUGUUUUAAAAAUGUUGCCAGACUGCUUGCUGUGACUUCCUGGUCAGCUGUUGACCAGUAACAAGAGAGCUAGGCUUAUAACUCAGGUUGUUUGUAUCAGACAUGCCGAUAUUAUUUAUUAACAAGUUUGCAUUAUUUAUGGAAUCCUAAUGGUUGUGUAUGUCAUUUCUGUUGUAUGUUUAUAUCUCUUUGAUUACCUUUGUUACCACA